CAGGUCGGAAGUUGAGUCACCACCGGAAGUGGAUAGUAUGCAAAGAUGGCGGCGUUGAUCGCUCCCCGCCUUCCCGCCCUUGCCUCUUUUAAUCUAAGGGCCAUUUCAUCAUUUUCUGCUCAUAAAAAGGUUCAUCUGACAGACAAAAAGGAUGAAAACUCCUCAAGUCUGGUCCCGUUCAGAGAGAAAAGCACAGCUCUUGCACCAAAACCAGCUUCAGCGGUCAGCAGUAAGGGUGAAUACAUCAUCACAAAGCUGGAUGAUCUGGUCAACUGGGCACGCAGAAGCUCCUUAUGGCCCAUGACCUUUGGCCUGGCGUGUUGUGCUGUGGAGAUGAUGCACAUGGCCGCCCCGCGUUAUGACAUGGAUCGGUUUGGUGUCGUGUUCAGAGCCAGCCCCAGACAGGCUGAUGUCAUGAUAGUUGCAGGAACACUCACCAAUAAAAUGGCCCCUGCACUGCGGAAGGUGUAUGAUCAAAUGCCAGAGCCCAGAUACGUCAUUUCCAUGGGAAGCUGUGCUAAUGGUGGUGGCUACUAUCAUUAUUCUUAUUCUGUGGUCCGGGGUUGUGAUCGCAUCGUUCCAGUGGACAUCUACGUCCCAGGUUGUCCUCCCACAGCAGAGGCUCUGCUUUAUGGAACUCUGCAGUUACAGAAGAAGAUCAAGCGAGAAAAGAAAAUGAGAAUUUGGUAUCGGAAGUGAGGUGUGAUUGUGUUUGUGUGUCUGGUCUGAAAUGUUUAUUUAAUACUGGUCAUUUGUUGGGCUCAGAAGACUGAUUUCUCAGGAGCUGCUCUGGUUUGAGCGAAGCUCCUCCUCUUUGUAGCUACAAUAAAAGACUUUCUGCUUCAA